AUUGGGAACAAAUUCACUGAUACACGGCACAAAGGCAUUCCCAUCUCUCUCAAGAUGCAAGUUGUCUGGAAGCUCGGUUACACAAACGGCAGUCGGAUUUGGCAGACGUACACACUAGAGCUCCGCGAGUAAUUGAGACCGAGCCCCCAAUAAGAUUUAGUUUCAGGUUACAAGGCGUAGUGAGUCUAAAUGUGACACACCUAGAACGACAUCGAUGUAUAACCUAAAAGCUAGUGGCGAAGAACCGAUCACAAUCAACACUUGUAAUUAUUUACGGUAGCUUAAGCAGGUUUUUUAACGAAUUUUGUAAAUAAGCGGGAAUGUAUUGCCAAUAUUGCAGUAUGUGUCAUCUGUAUUGUAAACCUCUGUAGUGCUCGAAUUUCUUCUAAUUACCUCUUUGUAAUUAAUAAGAGAGUUUCUGUGUACCAUUUAUAGUUGUAUAAUGACGUUAAAAGGUGAGUAUUCUACAAAGCAACUUUGCAUAAGUACUCUCCGAGGUUGGCAGUAGCUUUCUUUGUUUCUCUGCCACGAGGGCGCUGCUGUGCAGUGUGAUCUACUUGCUGAAGUGCCUUCCUUGACUUUGUCUUUCCAGUUUCAGCUAUUGGACUUAGGGGUUGUGCUAAUCGCCUGUGUUACUUUAUUGAGUGAGUACUCAUUUAUUUCUUGUUUAAUUAUGUUUUUACUCACAAUAUAAUCAGAAGGGUAGAUCUUUAAUACCUUUAGUGUCACUGUAUGUGCUGCAGUGUUAAAUUUCAUUUUGAUUUCAAAAGUGCUUACUUGCAUUCUUGCAUUUGUUAUGGCGUCAUUCAGACGCUUACACAAUGGCGCCAGGCUUCCCGCCUCAAUAGCACGAUUUUUACAAGAGUAAAUUAGGGCCUAUAUUUUGAAACUUAAAAUUAAUGUACCUGUAAAAAUAGGAAAUUUUCACGGAUAUUUUUAUUUUUGUGUUAAAAAUCAAAUUCGACUCGAAUGUUGAAGUGGUAUUUAAGUGUCACGUUCGGUCUUUCAGAAAUGGACGGAGCUCCACGCGGCCACACAUUCAGCUCACCACUAUACAUGGUUGAAGCUGAACUAAAUAAUUUUUUGAGAGUUAGCAAAUUCAGAAAGAAGCGGCUGGUUUUAAUGUUUCCGGAGGGAUUAGAUCCUGUCAUUAAUCGGUACAUACAAUUUUUGGCAGAACGUGCGGGCUUGGAAACGGGCUUCAUUGGUGAUCAGGGGGCACAUCGAAUAGUCGCGUACUCGCAGGAAAACUUUAGAGCCAAUCCCCCUAAGAUUAAAAUUAUUGAUCCCAAGACCAAUCAAACUAAAUCCCUGCAAGUUUGUGACAAACCAGAGGUUACAGCUGAAAACGUCUUGUGUAAAGGUGUUGAGGAAGUUUGGAUAUCACCGCCUCCCUUAAACGUCGAGUGUGAAGCGCCACAAACUUCGACAACUCAGAAGGGCGCCAGUCCACAAAAAGACGGAGAUCAAGAACAGGCAACGGGAUCUGGUUUGUCUAGUGAAAAUGAUCCAACUACACCAAAGUCGCCCGCUGUGAAAAACGACAAUGCAGAAAUGAAGGAUGAUGGUGAACCAUCCACAAGUGAUGCCAUGUCUUCGUCGCAAGCUGACAAUGUUUCGGAGCCUUUUAAUGAAGAGUUUCACAUGACUCAUGAAAAUGAGGAGCUGGUGCUAGAAAUUGUAGAGCUCGAGAAUACAACGUCACCUGGACCUAGCUAUGUACCAAUUCCCGACCCUCAAUUUGAGCAAGAUGGUGAUGAAGAGGAAUCAGGAAAUGAAGAGUAGUGAGUUUAAGACAAUUAUUUUCAUAUAUGUAUUAUACCGAAUUAACGUCUAUUUAUGAGCUAGUUAUUUUUCUUUGAAAAUUAUCCAUUAUUUAUUUGUUG